UAUAGGGGUUUGUGGGUCCUCAUAGGGAGCGUGUGGGGUCCUAUAGGUGUUCUGUGGGGCCCUAUAGGGAGCGUGUGGGGCUCUAUAGGGGUUCUGUGGGUCCCCAUAGGGAGUGUGUGGGGUCAUAUAGGACUUUGCGUGUCCUUAUAGGGAGCAUGUGGGGCUCUAUAGGGGGUCUGUGGGUCCCUAUCAGGAGCGUGUGAGGCUCUAUAGGGGGUCUGUGGGUCCCUAUCAGGAGCAUGUGGGGCUCUAUAGGGGUCUGUGGGUCCCUAUAGGGAGCGUGUGGGGCUCUAUAGGGGAUCUGUGGGUCCCUAUAGGGAGCGUGUGGGGCUCUAUAGGGGAUCUGUGGGUCCCUAUAGGGAGCGUGUGGGGCUCUAUAGGGGGUCUGUGGGUCCCUAUAGGGAGCAUGUGGGGCUCUAUAGGAGACGUGGGUCCCUAUGGGGCCCAUUAGAGCUCCACGUGGGGCAGGGUUUGGGAAUACCGGGACCAUGGCCAGGAUGGUCCCAUUUUUAGGGCUAAACCCCCCCUUUUCGGAGCCGUUUUCCUGCAUCCCGAGGGAAUGGGGCUGGAAUUCCCGCUCCCGGAGCCCAUUCCCAGCCCCUGCUCCCGAUCCCAGCGCUUUGCCUUUGGCAUUCCCAGAUUUCCUCUUCAAAUUCCUGGUGAUCGGCAGCGCCGGCGCUGGCAAAUCCUGCCUCCUGCACCAGUUCAUCGAGAACAAGUUCAAGCAGGAUUCCAACCACACCAUCGGGGUGGAAUUCGGCUCCAAAGUGGUCAACGUGGGCGGGAAGACGGUGAAGCUGCAGAUCUGGGACACGGCCGGGCAGGAGCGCUUCAGGUCUGUCACCAGGAGCUAUUACCGGGGGGCCGCGGGGGCGCUGCUCGUCUACGACAUCACGAGCCGGGAGACCUACAACGCGCUGACCAACUGGCUGACGGACGCGCGGACCCUGGCGAGCCCCAACAUCGUCAUCAUCCUCUGCGGGAACAAGAAGGACCUGGAUGCGGAGCGGGAAGUGACCUUCCUGGAGGCGUCCCGCUUCGCCCAGGAGAACGAGCUGAUGUUCCUGGAGACGAGCGCGCUGACGGGCGAGAACGUGGAGGAGGCGUUCCUCAAGUGCGCCCGGACCAUCCUCAACAAGAUCGAGUCCGGGGAGCUGGAUCCGGAGCGGAUGGGAUCCGGGAUCCAGUACGGAGACGCCUCCCUGCGGCAGCUGCGGCAGCCCCGGGGGGCAGCGCCCCCCAGCCGGCAGCCCUGCGGGUGCUGAGCGCCCCGGACCUCGUGCCUCGCUGCGCCCCCCCCAUCCGGACGCUCCAGGAUUCCCAUUGGGAUUCACUCCACGCUCCAACCGGAUCCAGCGCCCCCCCCCCCCCACAACACCCCUUUGGGGGGCCCCCCCCAGCCCCCCGAGGGUAUCGGGGGGGGGGGGAGAGUCGGGUUGUACCAUUAUGUGUGGGGCUGGGGGGGUGUCCCCAGCACCCCCCUUUGGGGCUCCCCAUUGUGGGGGGGGGGUCCUUCUGCUUCAUGUUAUUUAUUGCACUGGGUUUGGGGGGGUUUGGGGGGGUUGGGGGGGGUCGGGCCGUGUCCCCCCCCCCCGAUGGUGUCCCUGGGACAUAAAGCGGUGACGUUUUCCA